AUAGAAAGAAGUGGGAGAGCCUCAGGGUGGUCCGACCAAGGCGUCCUUGUGCGCAACUUGCGCCACUUGGACGUUAAUUCGAUGUUUUGUGAGCAAGAGCAAGAGCCUAAUGAACUGCAGAGGGAGUUAAAUCACUUCCUCACACGACGGUUACUCUGAUGCAUCGCAGCGAUAUUCAACCUGGGUCUUCGGGGGGCUGCAUUUGGGGGACGAAUUAUGACAUCAUCUAUGGUUGCAUAGAAUCACAAGCCACCGCGUUUUACAACCUUAAUUUCUGCAUCCGAAAUAGCAUAUUUUACAUUUCGACAUAGCGUGUCGCGCGUGCGCGUCCACGACAAAAACUACGAGCUUGUACCCGGACCGACUGUCUUUUAAUUUUCUCGACCGAUAGACGUCCCUCCCUCACACUUGGUAUACCCUUGACUCGCAGUCACAGUGGACCAUUACUGAUGCAUGCAUGCUUAGGAUCAUGUCUUUCACCGGAAGCCGAUGGCCAGAGAUUUUGCUCCGUGGCUUCAACGCCGCUCGUGUCGAAAUUCCGCCGCACGAAGCUCGCUAUCAUGGUGUUUAUUCAACUAUGUUGUAGCGCAAAGAAUGUUCACCCUCUGGGUGGUCCCCCAGUACAACCCCACUUCAAAUGGUCCGCAUCGAGCCGUAGAAUGUUCCUUUCCAAUCAACAGUUUCGGCCGGUUCUCUUUGUGGAGAUUGAAGACGACAGAUGGGUUAAUUCAUCUCAUUUGCGCCAGAGGGCGGAUGCCCAGAUGCGCGAACGCUACGAUCAGAUGUUGCAUAACUGCCCCAUUCGUCUCCUGUAUGGGUCAAGCCCGUUGGGACUUCGCUCCGCAUCUAUACUGGCAACAGGGAGACUGGCGCUGUUUCACCUCGCCUUGUCACCCGCAAUACUCAACGUGUUUUGGGACCCGGAUACUUGAGGGGGGCAUGGAAUAUAGACAUCUUGUCUCGGGCUGGAUUCCGCAGUAUCCAACGUACCUUUGCAUAUAUCGAGGCGCAGCUUGGGCUUCUGGAUAUUGUCGCCACUCCAUAGCGGAUCCCUUUUGCUGUUUUUGAGAGUACCCUUAGAUGCCUCGUUCACCUUAUUCCUUCAAGGUUUUUCCACAAUGAUUCUACGAUUUACGAGCACUCACAUUCUGAACGCUGAUUGCAUCA